AUGAUUCCUCUUACUCUGUUCUGUAUAUUGGCUGGAAUUUUGAAACCAGCACUAUCAUUGUCACCUUUGAGACUUCAGGGACCGCCGACGCUCCCUGAAGAUGCUUCGCAUCCUUUAAACCCAGCCUUAGCAAGCUUUAGCAUUGAAACUGCCUUUUUCGAGGAAUUCUUUGGCAAUGCUUCUGCUCCCAAUCAGCUUUCGCUCAAUCUAUUGGAAAAUAUCAAGUCCCGGACUGGAGUACCUCCUGAAAUAAGGAUCGGCGGGAUAACGGCAGAUUCGACACAUUGGGAUCCUAACCAAAAGGUUGCGCUGUCCAAUUUCAUAGAUUCAACUGGCGCUCUACACAACACUACCCUUGGGCCCCAGUUUUGGAAAUCUGUUGGCCUCUUGCCUCAGGGAACGAAAAUCAUCAUGACUCUGGACCUGCAUGAUCUGGAUUUUGAAGGCGCAUUGAGUAUGGCUGAGGCCACAGUGAAGGGACUUUCUCCAAGCCAAUUUUUAUCAUUCGAGAUUGGAAACGAACCAGACCAUUACCUCUCCUUCACCCCUCAGAAUUACACGAGUAUCUGGGCGACUUGGGCCAAGAAUAUCUCAGCUGCCCUGAAUAUAAAAACACCCAAAUUCCAGAUAGCCGCGACUGUUGAAGAUCCAAUUUGGCCCUAUGAUACCCCUGGAGCCUCUUCAGCUCUUGACUGCGUUAGUGCUCUUGCAGCCGGCUCGAACAAGGACAAUGUUGUUGCAACAUGUAGCGAGCACACCUACCAGUAUAGUGUUUGCGACCCCCCUAGAAUUGCAGUUGCCACCUUACCGAACUUGGUCAAUCACACACGUCUAGCAGAAUAUCUUGAUCUCUGGCAGCCUCGUAUCAAAUCUGUCAGAGCUCAGCUUGGGGACGAUAGCUUUGUAAUAGGGGAGUAUAAUUCAGUUUCUUGCUCGGGGAAGGAUGGCGUUAGCAACACAUUUGGUCAGGCUUUGUGGCUGCUGGAUACAACAUUAUAUGCUGCGUCUUUAAACGUCUCAAGAUUGUAUCUACAUCAAGGAGGACCUCUCGCGCUACAAAGUAGCACACAGCUAAAUCAUGGCGGCCUGAGUUUUUACGACAUGUGGUAUCCUGUUCAAAAUCAAAAUGGCGCCAUACAAGUCUUCCCUUCCUAUUCCUCGUAUCUAUUUAUCGCAGAAGCCCUCGGACGUUCUACAUCCCUUCGUAUUUCCAAUAUCUUCCCCAGUAGACAAGCAAACGGGUCGAGCAUCACUACCGCGUUGGGCGACGAGUCGGCUGGUCAACUCGUUGCAUACGGCUUCUGGGACACCUCCAAGCCAAAUGCGCAUUCAUUCCCAACCAAAUUAGCCUUGAUAAAUCUACAAAUAUUCAACCAAACCGAGAUAGGCCAGAGACCGUCCGCAGAAUUUGAUAUAACUGAAUACCGUCAAAACAAGAAUAGGCCGGUGACCAUCAGGAGACUUCAAGCCCCUGGCGCAGAUGUAAAAGCUGCAAAUCUAACGACAUGGGCCGGACAGAACUUUGCCAGUGGUGAGGCUGCUGGGGCAUUGAAAGAAGAGAAACAAAGUAGCAGCAAAAUAUCUGUGCAAGCUUCUGAAGCUGUUUUAGUUGUUCUGUAA